UCUCUGUAAAAUCAGGACGGGAAAAAAAUUGAAUUCCGUAGAAAGAAGAGAAAGAAAGCAGCUAGGGUUUCAACAACCCCCAAAUUUUUCACGAAAACGACACCGCAGCUUGGAGCUCCUUCUCCAUCGAUCCUCUCCACCUUCAGCGAUUAGUAAAUUUCUAGCUAGCUUUCGAGUUAGGUAGGAAAUAGAACAGAAUGGAUUACGGUGUGCCCGACCAAAACGUCGCCGUUUACGGCGAAGAUGAGCCGCAGUAUGAAGGGCAUUACGGCGCGGAAGAGGGGAACUACGGUUCAAUUGAUAACAUAGAUGAUAGUGCAGGGAUAAAGCACGAUUCUUCGUCGUCUGCAGGAAAACUUUUCGUCGGUGGCAUUGCUUGGGAGACUUCGGAAGAGUCCUUCAACAGGUAUUUUAGCAAGUAUGGGGAAAUUACAGAUUCUGUGAUAAUGUUGGACAAAAUCUCAGGAAGACCUCGUGGUUUUGGGUUUGUAACUUUUGCCGAUCCAGAAGUUGCAGACAAGGUUUUACAGGAAGAACAUAUCAUUGAUGGUAGAUCGGUUGAAGUAAAAAGAACGGUCCCUAGAGAGGGUGGUGGCAUGCAAGGUAGAGGAGGUGUGUCAAAGACAAGGAAAAUAUUUGUGGGUGGCCUUCCAUUGUCAUUAACUGAAGAUGAUUUGAGGGAUUAUUUCUCUUCCUAUGGUAACAUUGUCGAGCACCAAAUUAUGCUGGACCACAAAACUAAUCGGUCAAGGGGCUUUGGAUUUGUAACCUUUGAAAGCGAAGACUCUGUUGAAAAAAUAUUCUCUGAUGGUCGUAUGCAUGAACUUGGUGGAAAGCAAGUCGAAAUAAAGAGGGCUGAGCCAAAGAGAUCAGGAUUCGAUAAUUCAAAUGAAGGUCGUUUUCAUCGUGGAAGUAGCAGUUCAAGAUCUUCUGGCAAUUUUGGUGGUGGCUCAGAAGGUUUUGGCGGUGGCUAUGGUGGAAAAAUGGGCAGAGGAGGCUAUGGUGGUUAUGGAAGCUAUGGUGGCUAUGGCGGUUACGGAAACUACCCUGGAAAUUACGCUGGUGGAGCUUCAGGAUUUUACGCAGCAGCAGCUGCAGGGUAUGGUGGAUAUGGCUAUGGCUACGGAUUUGGUGGACCAAUGUACGGUGGUGGUGCAUAUGCAAGUGGUGGCUAUGGGGCUCCCGUUGGCUACGGGGGAGCUGCUGGAUACGGUGUAGGUAAAGGCUAUGGUGGCGGCCCAGGUGGUGGAUAUGACGGCGGUAAAGGCUUUGGAGGCAGCAGCAGCGGCAAUGGAGGCUAUGGUGGCUCUGUGAAAGGCUAUGGAGGCGGUGCUGGUGGCGGCAGUGGGAGUGCAGGCGCAGGUGGUGGAGGAGCGAGUGCUGGUGGUGGAUACGGAGGUGGCAAAGGAUAUGGGAAUGGCAACGGCACAAGUGGCCGGUUCCACCCCUACCGGAAAUGAGCCGUGCUGGAGUUCUAGAGGUAGAUGUUUCGAUUUUUCGAAGUGUAGGACUGAUCUGCUAAGAAAUUUUUUAUAUCUAUCUGUUUUAAGUGAGUAGUGUUUUUCUUUAUAGUCAAAUUAUGGUUCCACUCUAUGGUUGUAAUUCUGAUCCUCGGAUGAUUAUUCAGCACAUUGUAAAAGCUUGUCAUCUUUACAAGAUUUUUUUUUUUGAAAAAGAGGAUCAAUAACGAUUCUCUAUGCCUUGGUGAUGACUCGAACUUUCGACUUAUUUAUUAGAGUGGAAAUGUUUUUUUGACUAAA